CACCAGACGUUGCACAUUCCUUUUCUGAAGAUUUUAGCUACACUGCUUUUUAUAGCUGUGCCUAUUUCCACAGGAAUGGUGAUCAAAUGGCGCUUUCCCCAAGUGUCUCGCCUCCUCCUGAUGGUUAUAAAGCCUUUCAGUGUUGUGUUAAUGGUUGGGGGCUUAAUUAUGGCCUAUCAGAUGGGGUCCUCACUGCUGAGCAAAGUGCAACCCAUACUGGUGAUAGCUGGGGUCAGCGUGCCACUGGUGGGACUCCUGACUGGAUAUGUACUUGCAUACAUUCUUCGUUUACCCAUCUCACAACGUAGGACGGUUAGUAUUGAAGUCGGGGUACAGAACAGCCUUUUGGCCUUAGCUGUUCUCCAGCUCUCCUUCCAUCGUACCGAGGCUGAUCUGUCUUCUCAGGCACCGUUCUUGGUGGCUCUGAGUGGAACUUCGGAGAUGUUACUGUUGGUCCUGUUACACUUCGCCUACCGAAAGUUUAAAGACAACAGAGGCUCUGGAUGA